AGAGAGAGAGAGAGAGAGAGGCUCGUACAGUGAUAGAGGCGUGACCUGAGGCGCACAGAAAGCCUCUGCUUUGCCGUCCCUCUCUCUCUCUCACACACACACACACACACACACACACUCUGGCCGGAUGGCACUCUUCAGCUCGCACAUAAUCAGCACAGAAGCAGCGCAGGGUGAUGCAUCUCCAGUGUCCUCCUGAAGCCUCCAGGCAGCAGUGAAACCUCCGACCGGCCGCCAGACUCUCCUCCGACCCCCGACAGCACAGACCCGCCAUGGCGGAAGAGGACGCGGGCGCGGAGAGCAGCAACUUCAGCGUGCUGAGCUGGGAGCAGGUCCAGCGUCUGGAUCUCAUCCUGACCGAGACCAUCCCGAUCCACGGCCGCGGAAACUUCCCGACGCUGCAGAUGAAGCCGCGGCAGAUCGUGACAGCGGUGCGGAGCCGCAUGCGGGAGAAGAGCAUCCAUGUGCGGGACGUGCGGCUCAACGGGUCCGCCGCCAGCCACGUCCUGCACGGAGACAGCGGGCUCGGCUAUAAAGACCUGGACCUCAUAUUCCGCGUGGAGCUGAAGGGAGAAACCGAGUUUCAGAUCGUCAAGAACAUUGUGCUGGACUGUCUGCUGGACUUUUUACCCGAUGGGGUCAAUAAAGAGAAAAUCACACCGCUCACACUCAAGGAGGCGUAUGUGCAGAAGAUGGUGAAGGUGUGCAACGAUUCAGAUCGCUGGAGUCUCAUUUCCCUCUCCAACAACCGUGGCAAAAACGUUGAGCUGAAGUUUGUGGACUCGCUACGCCGACAAUUCGAAUUCAGCGUCGACUCCUUCCAGAUUAAACUGGACUCUCUGCUCCUUUUCUACGAGUGCUCCGAGAACCCGAUGGCCAAAACCUUCCACCCCACCAUCAUCGGUGAGAGCGUGUACGGAGAUUUCGCCGCCGCGUUGGACCACCUGCGCAACAAAAUAAUCUGCACCAGGAAUCCUGAGGAAAUCCGAGGCGGAGGCCUGCUGAAAUACUGCCAUCUGCUGGUCAGGGGUUUCCGCGCCGCCUCCGAGUCCGAAAUGAAGUCUCUCCAGCGCUACAUGUGCUCCCGCUUUUUCAUCGACUUCUCAGACAUCAGCGAACAGCAGCGCAAGCUCGAGUCGUACCUCCAGAACCACUUUGUAGGCUUGGAGGAUCGCAAGUACGACUAUCUGACGACUCUUCAUAGCGUGGUAAACGAAAGUACGGUGUGUCUGAUGGGACACGAGCGGCGGCAGACAUUAGGGCUGAUCGCCAUGCUAGCGGUGCGUGUGCUAGCCGAACAGAACGUCAUCCCCAACGUGGCUAACGUCACCUGCUAUUAUCAGCCGGCUCCAUACGUAGCUGAUGGUAACUUUAGCAAUUAUUACAUCGCUCAAGUCCAGCCGGUCUUCACAUGCCACCAGCAGAGCUACUCCACGUGGCUACCGUGCAACUGAGAGAUAGCAAUCUGCUGAAUCAUGGCUGUUGUUGUAACACUUUUCGCAAUUGUCUCACUUCCCCAGUGUGCUUGGAUUGGCGUGCGCAGAUAAGUGCUGAUCAGAGAUCUGCUUUGCCUGCUUCUAAGCUAAACAAGUGAGCAUUAAAUCCCACAAAAAAGAGGGAAUGGGCUAUAUGCACAGAGAUUAGCCUGCUCAGGUACUUCCGGAGAACUGUUAUGCUAUUAUAAACUCACCACGUUUUUUGUUAGGUAAACCAGGUCAUGAACAGGGUAAAAGUACGCGAUCUAUAUUUAAAGUAUAAAGUAGUAUCACAGAUGAAGAUAAGGUUUACCUGUCCUUUUGACUAUGAUGUAUAUCAGAGGUUUUCAAUUUUGGUCCUGGAGGUCUGGUGUUCUGCAGAUUUUAGCUCCAUCUUCAAUCAAACACUCCUGGGCUAGCUAAUCAAGCUCUUACUAGGCUUUCUAGAAACAUCCUUGCUGGUGUGUUGAGGCAAGUUAGAGCUAAAAUCUGCUGGACACCGGACCUCCAGGA